AGAAAAUAAAAAAAAUUAUAAAAAAAGGAAGAUAGAGACGCUCCUCUUCUCACUUUCUCUCACUAUAGUGUGCGAGCAUCGAGAAGCGCUUAAAAACCCUAGAAGAAAUAGGGUUUUGGCCGAUUUCGCACUGUAAUUCUGCUCAAGAAGCUCCGAAUUUUCUCCCAAAAUGGGUCUUUACAGCUUCAUCGGGUGGCACUCUCACUCUUGAUAUAUAUUUUCGUGGGCACCCACGCCGUUCCCGAGUCCUCUUCGAGCGCAUGUGAGUGAUGUCGUUUCGUUUGAUUGCUGGUUCUUCUCUCUAAAGUCUUCUUUGAUCUUCUUGUCGAGUAGCUACGAUCCAUCCAUAGUAUGAUGAUGAUCGGUUGAAGCUGUGGUCGAGCUGAUCAGCUCCAUUUCUCCUUCGGUUUUUGGGCUUCUUUGGAUAUCAUCUGGGUAUCUACCGCUUCGGUCUUCUUAUUGUGGUGCUAUUGGUUUGGUUUUGCAACAUGGAAGAGAAUGUUGUCGUGGGGGAGGGCGACUGUAAAACAAGUGAUUUAACUCCUGCUGCCAAGUUUGGUGUCCCACUAAUUGAAUCUCGACCAAGUCAUGUAGACAAUGCUGCUGAAAAUUACAAGGCAGAUGAAUGUAGGCAUUUUUCAAUCCGCGGAUAUGUUGCUGAGGUUCGUAGAAAAGACCCGAAGAUUUGUUGGCCAUUUCCUACUGUUGGUGACCUUAACAAAUUGGAAGAACAAAUGCUUCCUCCUCUACAUGUUCCUAAAUUCAGAUGGUGGAAGUGCCAAAACUGUCUGAGAAAGACUGAUGCCAAAGAUACUCCAAUUGAAACUGGAGUGGUUAAAAAUUGUUGCAAUAGAGUGUGCAAAACUAAAACUAGUACUUCACCUGGGAUCCCUUCCACUUUGUCUUGUGGUGAUGCACAGAAGUUGCAUUCUGGCUUUCAAGAAUCAUCAGAAGUCAACAUAGUUGAUGCAAGGAAAUCCAGCUUAGAAGUUUCUCUUCAAGUGAAUAAUGAUAAAAAUUGGCCAGCAUUAUUUGGGAACAAGAAAGAGAAGGGAGCUGAAGUGGUGGAUACAAUCACGGAAGAUCCUCAUAAAUUGACUGAUACUGUGGCAAGAGAGAACAUGAACCUGGAAAUUUGUAGGUCAACCAGUCCGAAAAAAGUUGAUACCUGCCAUGCAGGAGUAAACUUUAUCAAAGGAAGCACGUUUAGCCCCGAUUUUCCAAUUGGCAAGAAGGGAUGUGAUAUAUCUUCCAGUGGAACUGCCAUUAAUAUUCCAUCUAAAUUGAAGGGCUAUGACUUGGUUACGAGUUCCAAUGAAAUCUCUUAUAAGGAAACUGAAGCUCUCAAAUCAAAAAGUGAUGACUUGAUCAACAGUUCCAAGGAAAUCUUUCACAAAGAAAUGCCAGUGUUUAGCAGGAACAAUUUAUCACAUGUCAAUGAAGGACACAGAGAUGGUGUGACAUCUUCUGUGAUAUCUGAGGUAGAUAAGGAGGCUUUAAAUGCUGUCAUGGGUCAAACAAGAAAAAUUCGUUACCUGGUAUCAGUUGAUAGUUCUUCAGAAGAUGAGAAUUUAGCUGAAGAAGACGUUCAAGAUCAACAUCAUACAAGUUGGCUGGGUAAUUCAGGUGACACUUCCCAUGGGAGCAAACCAAGAAAGUUGCGGUCACUGACUGAUAUAAUAAGAAGAGAGAUGCUAGCAACAUCCAAUGAGCUUGACUACACUGAAAGGGAUACAAAAACUGAUCACAUGAAGGCAGAAGGUUCUCAAUCAAAAGCAACACCAGAAGCAUCCCCUGGGACAAGUUUAUAUCCUAUUACCAACAAUCAAGCGGCUUUCCAAGGAACUGAUAAAGAGGGUAUGCUGGGUAAGAAAAAGAAAUGCAAGCUGCCACGAGAUCAAGAUCAGGGAUCUUCCAGAAUGAGUUGGCAAAGAGGAGCAACUGAAAACAUUAAAAUCUUUAAGGAAGAUUCUGCAAUCAAAAGCAUGGAUGCUAUAAAUGCUAAUGGUGAACUAACAGGAAAUGCGUCUUUCCUGACAAAUUUACAUUUUGCUUCCAAAAAAUUCUUGGGAAAACAUAGAAAUGAUAAAAAAUUGAUCCUGGAUAGGGAGAAAAAGGAGAUGUCUCCGGUUGAAGAUAGUUCGUCUUCCUUGGCAAAUCAUCAGGAUGGUCUUUCUGAUCAACUUGAGAUUAGGAAAGAUGCAGAAAUCAAGUGCGUGGGGUCUGAACAUAUUCCCAUUAAAUUUUUUAAAGAUUCAGUUGCAAGGACAGAUCAAAGUCCGGGUUCCCAAAUUUAUGUGGCUGCACAACAAAAAGGAAAAAAUAUUUCUCUUGGUAAGAAGAAAAAUAAGCUGCCUCAUCAAGUUGAAGGUGAAAAGUCCUCCAUAAUGCCUUGGCAAGAAGGCAUGUCACACAAAGAUCUGAUUAUAAAGAGAUACCAGGACAGGAAGCACAAGGUUGCUCCAUCUGAUAGUUUGAAUUCUGUUCGAGUUCCAUUUACUGGAAAAGGUGUACAUGGUGGUCUUAAACACCAUAUGCAGACCCAUAAAAAGGCUACUCUGAAUAAGAUUCAAAAGAAAUUGCCUCAAGAAAUUGAAUGUAGGGUUACCAUCGUUGGAUCUGAAAGUGUUAGUUCUCCUCUUGCUUGCCAGCCUAAGGAUUCCUCUAAUGCAUGCAAUUAUGAGAAUUCUGUUGAUGUUAAAGAGCCAUCUAAACUUUCAUUGGAUCAAUGUGAUCAAGUGGGCAAUAAGAUGUGUGAACGGGAAGCUUCAGAUGAUAUACCCAUGGAAAUUGUAGAACUCAUGGCCAGAAACCAGUAUGAGAGGCAUCUUGAUUAUGCCAAAGAUGCUACAGAGAACAGGUACUGCUUGUCAGAGACAACUGAGAAAGAUAAGGAUACUGGGCUAAUGGAUUGCACUGAAGCACUUAGGAAUGAGAUGUUGAGAUUUCCACACGAGAGGUCUAACUUGCAAACUUCCCUGUCCAGAAAUGCAAAAAAUGGCAUUGGUUCAGAUCCAAGUGGAGGACCCACCAAACAAAAAUCAGAUGUUUGCCUUCCUACUGUUGAUGGAGAAUACUACAGCAUCAAUUCCAGUGGAAGUCAACUGAAACAAGCUCAGGUCUCUACUAAUGGAUUUAAAGGAUUUCCGGAGCGCCAAGGAAAUCUGCCAGGUCAGGUCCCAUAUCCUGUCAUUGGUUCAAGAAGAAGCUGUGGCACUGAAAAUUGUGAUUGGGAUAGAGAUAUGGAGGGGCACAGAGUCUUGGGUUCGUCUGUUCAGUCCUUAGGCGCAUAUCAUACUUCUCAACCAAUUUUGCAACAAAGUUCCAUUGUGGAAUCCCAAUCCGUUUGGUCCACAGUGCCAUAUCGAAUCCCUUUUGAAUCAAACUGCCCGCAGAAGUUCGUUACUGGAGUGAGUAUUUCAAAUAGGCUUCCUCAUUCUCCUGAUCCAUUGCCUAAGGGAAAUGUGAACUGUGAUCAUACACAGAAACCUUUGAAUCUAAAAGCUACCUUUCUUCAAAAGAAAAAAGGAAGUUCUGAGAUGGAGACAGAUAAGGGGGCGUAUUCAGAAUAUCUGUUUGCUGGCCCAGAUGAGGAAAAUGUCUAUCAUCCAAAAUUGAGAGGGUCAUUAGAUUUAUACAAUGAUGAGACAUUAUCAGCUAUGCAUUUACUCAGACUCAUGCAUGCAGGGGUGUGCUCUAGUACUCCUGUAAAUAUGAGUAAUAAUCGAGAGAGGUUCCUUAAAGAUACUCAAUUUGCCCAUGAUCUGAUUAUCAAUAAAUCAUCAGGGCCAGAGGCUAGUGUAUCAAAGACCAACAGGGACUUUGUGAACUUAUCUUCAUGUGAUUACCAUAGUAGAAGUCACCAUCUAGGCAAAUCCUGUGAACAUUUUCCUCCAGUUUCUAUUCCCAAAUCUGUUGAUUCUCUUGUACAGAAGGAUGUUAGUUUUGAAAGGGCCAAUGUGUUUACAAAUGGUUUGUUGGGUAAAGCAUUUCCUGGUGCCUUAAACUAUCAAGAGAGAGGAGACGAGAAAAUAUCCUACUCACCUGCACGAACUCGAGGCCCCAAAUUUCACACAUUUGCCAGCAGAAAUGGUUGUACAAGUGAAAAUCAAGAAUACAUGAUCCACAAUCCGCAGAAAGGGUUUCUGCUUCUGCCUGCUUCAGAUUCCAGACAAUUUCCUGAACAACCUCAGACAGCAGGAGGUUCAACCAAACAUGUUGAACUGAAGGUCAAUAGAAAAGAUGAAACAGUCUCACCUGUGGAAACAAUAAGUGGGUUUCAGAUUUGCACUCUCAACAGGAAUCCAGCUGACUUUACUGUACCAUCAGCUGCAAAUGGUUACAUGAUUGGAGCUGAAGACCUGAAAAGAAAGCUGACACCGUCAAUGGGAAGACGUGGCCCAAUUGAUAUUGAUUUGAACAAGCGACCGAAGAAAAUGAAACGCACAGUGAUAGAGCAUAGACAGAUCUAAUCUUUUUAGAACACUCUGAAGGGUAGAGUAAGUACUACCACCAUGAAUGUUUAAUUGACCAGGUGAGUGAUUGCAUCUAUUUUAACCAACUUCAAUUGUGGCACAAGCAUAUGAACAUCAUCAGUCCAGAACCAUUUCUUGAAUUUGGUCCUUAGUUAGCAGGAGCAAUGUAAAUGUUGUUGCAAAUUGUAUAUUAAUAUGUACAAGUAUGCAUUGAGUGAACUGUAAAUGUCAGUCUCAGAUCCA